CGGGCCAUGACUCCUAUGUCAUGUACGAACCCGAACUCAAUACCAGCUCCAUCUCUUCCUCAAGUAGUAAUAACUCCUUGUGCUGCUUGUAAAAUCCUUCGUGGACGAUGUGGUGAAAAAUGUGUACUAGCCCCUUAUUUUCCACCAACUGAACCCUUAAAGUUUACUACUGCUCAUAGGGUUUUUGGUGCUAGCAAUAUCACCAAAAUGCUACAGGAGCUUCCUGAGUCCCAAAGAGUUGAUGCAGUCAGUAGUAUGGUUUACGAAGCGAAUUCCAGAGUAAGACAUCCAGUUUACGGUUGUGCCGGAACAAUUUAUCAACUACAAAAACAAGUUAGUGAUCUUCAAGCUCAAUUAGCAAAAUCUCAAGCAGAGAUUAUAAACGUUCGCUCUCACCAAAACUCUAAAAUCCUAGCGGUCCUGUGCUUUCUCCGACUAAGAUAUGCUCUAGAGGAGUCGAACCCAUCUUCUCCCUCCGCACUACUCAUUAUCAAUUGUUUCGAAUUGUUUUCUCACUGA